AUGUACGUCGUUCUGCUCUCUCUCGUUCUUUGCGCAUGUGUUCUCGAUGUUUCGGUUUUCCGACGCUUCGUUGAGGUUGGCCGCGUUGUCCUCAUCAACGCUGGCCCCGAUGCCGGCAAGCUUGCCGUUAUCGUCGACUGCAUCGAUGAGGCCAAGGUCCUCAUUGACGGCCCUUGCAGCGGUGUGGCUCGCCAGCCCAUCUCUUACCGCUACAUCUCGCUGACCGACUUCAAGAUUGACAUCGUCUUUGGCAUGCGCUCCAAGAACGUUGCCAAGGCUUACACUGAUGCCGGUAUCAACGAGAAGUGGGAGCAGAGCGCCUGGGCCAAGAAGCUGGCUCUGCGCAAGAAGCGUGCGUCUCUGACCGACUUUGAGCGCUUUGUCGUCAAGGUCAACAAGCAGAAGCGCAACCUGGCCAUCAAGGCUGAGUACAACAAGCUCAAGAAGUCUGCGUAAACAUGAAAUCGAGAGCCUUACUUCUCUA